GUAGUUUAUUUGGGACCAUCGAGAUUGCGAAACAUUUUACUACACCGCUGAACUACCACGCUUGGUCAAUGUCACUCACAACCUCGGGGAAAGAUGCCGUAGAUUAAUCUGCUUGAUUGCAAAAUCCCUUCACAACGGACACGCAGUAAAUCGGAAAUGGCGUCUUGUGGCAGAUGCAGCGUUUUCGUCCUGACUGUAAGGGCAUUUUGUGGACAACCAUGGAGCAGGCCCGCUGUGCUACAGGCAGUGUAUCAAACAAGGACAAUAGUUACCUCCACAAGCACUUACUCGCUGGAGCCGUUCUCCUCGGCACAGUGGAAGACUCAGAGCGUGACUGGGAAGAGCGAGCGGGUCUCGCCGUCUUCGGCGCUUACACAGAGGAACCUGUCCGCCGUGGCCGUGUCUCUGACAGGGCAGUACCGGCCACACUGCAGAUAUGACUUCCUGGACCUGGGCGAAGUGGAGGAUAACACACGCAAAGCUUUGGGGUCUAAAACGCUAAGACGGUUCAUAGUGGAGCCAGAAUUGGCUAGACUGGUGACUGAUCACUUAUCAAGAGACAUAGAGGAUGGGAAGUCUGUCAUAUUUGACUGUAAUCCAGGUCCUGGUGUGCUGACACGGUCGCUGUUAAACAGUGGAGCACAGAGGGUGGUCGCCCUGGAGAGUGACAAGGCCUUCCUGCCAGACCUGCAUGCUCUGGAGAACCAACUGGAUGGCCAGCUGGAGGUGGUGCACUGUGACUUCUUCAAGCUGGACCCUAUUGGCACGGGCAGCAUGAGACCCCCAGCCAUGUUUACAGAGAAGCUCUUCACUGACUUGGGCAUUUCCGAGGUGCCGUGGUCCGCAGAUGUUCCGGUGAAGGUGGUGGGCAUGUUUUCCCAGCGUAACGAGAGGAACAUGCUCUGGAAGCUGGUGUAUGCUCUGUACGAGAGGCUGUCCAUCUUCCGCUACGGCCGCGUCGAGCUCAUCAUGUUCAUGAGCGAGAAGGAGUACACGAAAAUCAUGUCCAAGCCUGGAAACAAUAAGAACUACCAGGCCCUGGGAGCGCUGUGGCAGAUGGCCUGUGACAUUCAGCUGCUGCAUAAGGAACCAUGGUCCUCUUUCGUUACAAGCUCAAAGCACGGUGGAAUGGCCAUCCCAAGGAGCACUCUACCCAAUGACCACCUGUGCCUGGUACGAAUGACUCCUCGCAAGGAUUUGUUCACGUCGAGCAUCACCCCCAACAACGGUGGCACGCUGGUGAUGAUGGUGAAACAGUGCCUGGCCAAGAGGAAGGCUCAGCUGGUGGAGAGACUCGACUCUUGGAGCCCUGGCAGCGGGUCUAAGCUUCUUGGCCAGAUGGGCCUGUUCGAGGAUGUGAUGACAGGCCAGAUGUACCCCGACGAGUUCAAGCAACUGUUUGAGCUCAUGGAACAGUCCCAGGAGUUCAACCAGAGCUGGCUGUACGAGGAGAUUCUGGAGAACAGCAAGAACAUGGGGUUCAACUGACGCACACACGCACGCUCCCAGGCCAUCCCAGUUCUAUCUGAACUGUUCUCCAGUAUUGUGGUUACUGAGUGAAGAAGGCAGGGUGGUGGAGAUGCUUUCUGUGAACUUUUAUGUCUUUGACAUUUCCACCUUCAUCAGCCAAGUGUACCAAGAAGCUUAUAAACAUGCAAACUCACUCUCACGGUCAUACUCACCCCCAGCUCAUUGGAUAUCUAUUUUGAUCAUGGUUUUUUUUUUUUUUUUCUGCAAGAAAAUGGCUCCUGCAAUAAAGUAACUAAAUUUACCAGUCUGGCUUGAUUUAUACAUCUAUGUAGUGUAUCUGUGGCUGGCGUCAACAUAAAGCUUUUAACAUUUUAGCAUAUGUUUUGAAGAACACCUAGCUUUCAUAUUUAAUAUUUCUGCCUCCAGCAAAGGAAUGUUUUAAAGCGGUAAAAAUUCAAGUUAAUACUUAAAGAUUUACUAAACAGAAUCAUACCUCAGAUGAAUAUCUGUCAUCAUGACGUAUGUGAAUUUAUACAUAUGAAUUAAUUUAUGAUCGUGAGCAAUGUGUCAUUUUUAAUACUGUUUACUCAGACUUGGGUGUCAAGUAUGUUACUGCAUAUGAUGAAGCUAUACUAUUUUCCCUCCUUGUCUUUGGGAGUAAUUGUAUGUCUGAAGUAUUUUGCAAUAAAAAAAAUGGUUUGUACUAA